AUACAAGUAUUCGCCGCAAGCCUUCAAGACAUCGAGAAAGCUUUACGCCCAAAGACACUUCUUACAAAAGAAGAAGUAAGGCAGCAACUCCCUACCUACCUGCAGCCGUACGCAGAGCUGUUUACGCCAAAAGAAGGAAAGGAGUUACCUCCUCUAAGAGGCCCAAAAGUAGACCACCAGAUUGAACUUAUA